UGUUGUGAAAUGCAAUUGUGGUCACGCUGCUCUCAACCGAACAAUCGGAUCGGGUUGCAGAAUUUGCAAUUUCAAUACUCGAAUUAAUAUAAUGUUUGAUUUGCACUGAAUACAAUUGGUGUGCCCAAUCAUGAGUGCCAGCAUUGUGCAGUACUUCGGACCACAGACAAGCAAAUGUGGCUACUGCACGGGAAUAGUGUGCAGCAAGUCUCAUGGAAUGCAUGCCUAUCGUUUGUCCUGUGAUGACUACCAAGAGCUGAUCGACAGGGGUUGGCGGCGUUGCGGCAAUUACUGUUAUAAGCCGCAAAACGACGUCACCUGCUGUCCAUGCUACACGAUCAAAUGUGAUGCACUGGAGUUCAAGCUAACUAAGUCCAAUAAAAAAAUCUUGAGGCGCAUGAAUAAAUUCUUACGUAAUGGCAAACGUGAGUUGAGUGAGCACCCCGAGCAGCAAUCGAAAACCGAUGAUGGUGAUGGAGAUGGCGAUGGCGAUGACUUAAUUAUAUCAAGCGAGCCACAUCCUCAGCUGCCUGAUAAGAAACCGUCAGUCAUCGAUGUAGCACAUGUGGAGACUUUAGCGCAGGCACGUUCAACGCAACAAAAGACUGCAGUUUCCCACGAAGUUGGAGAUGGUGGCAGAAUAGCAGGAGAUGGUGACCAAUCAACGGCCUCAAAAAAAUUUGCCAGCUCAAAUCCACCAUGUGCUAAGAAAAAAAAACAAAUGCGCUUGGAGCGCAGGCAGGCCAAGUCAUGUCCGCCCAAGGAGCCUAAGGUGACGCAGGAGAAAAGCCUAAGAGAUUUUUUGACAUCAACGAGUGACAGUGACAAGCAUCAGUUAAAGAUCGUUUUGGUCGCUGCCUCAGAUAUACAGCGCAGUUGUACUGAUGCAGUGCAUGCAUUGUAUCGCAAAUAUCAAAUAGUCAUUCACAAUGAUAACCCCGCACGCCUAACACUAUCUAGUAUGCAGAGGUUUUUGGUUAAAUCACCCCUAAAGCACCAAAAGUCGGAAGACACUCCAGACAUGGGAUAUGGAUCGUUUCAUCAGCAAUAUUGGUUAGACGAUAAGCUGAUUGCUGUGGGAGUCAUCGAUAUAUUACCUGGCUCGGUCAGUUCAGUAUACUUUUUCUACGAUCCCGACUAUAGUUUUCUGUCUUUGGGUACCUACGGAUCUUUGAGAGAAAUUGAUUUGGUGCAGACGAUUGCCGAGCGAAUGCCCUCUUUAAAGUAUUACUAUAUGGGCUUUUAUAUUCACUCAUGCACCAAAAUGCGGUACAAAGGGAAAUUAUCGGCCUCUUAUUUACUCUGCCCAGAGACGUAUAUUUGGGUGCCUUUAACCGAUGAUAUACGAAAUAAACUUGAUGCGAAGAAAUAUCAACGUUUGAAUCCGGUUGCAGCUGAUAAAGAUGUGAAUGAAUUUGUGAAUCAGCAUGUAAACGAUGUCCAACUUUUGCUGGAUCCUAGGACUUGUAUAACUUAUCAGCAGUUUGUUCAGAUGAUUGGUGACUACACUGGUCGCGACGCAAUCAUAGAGUAUGGCGAACUUGUUGGAAAGGUCUGUGCGCACCGAAUGAUCUAUGUGAGCAUGUCAUGAGCAAUGAAAUUCAUUGAUGCAAACUUAAUUCGUCUAUAAUUCUAUUAAGCUUUAAGCCUUAGCAAAGUAGUUCAAAAUUGUGUCAUUCAAAUGUAAUUUCUUUAUUUUCCGUUGAGCCUAGCAAAUAUGUAUGCACGAUCAGGUUUUAAAGUCAACCUAAACAAAAUAAAUAUUAUAAAAUGUUGA